GUCUACAGUACGUGAAAACGGAGGCUAGCAUGUUGCAGUGGUAAAGCUGAGCUGAGCUAACAGUGACUGUGGCGAAAUUUCUUCUGGGUCAGUGAACUGGAAAAAAGGUUCACAAGGUACCUUUCGAGGACUUAGAUUUAUUUACUGCUUUACUUUAAGGCAUCCUGAGUGACAGAAUGAGCGGAGGGACGCCGUACAUCGGGAGUAAAAUCAGUCUAAUUUCCAAGGCCGAGAUUCGCUAUGAGGGAAUUCUGUAUACUAUCGAUACCGAGAACUCCACUGUGGCACUCGCCAAAGUGCGCUCGUUUGGAACUGAGGAUCGCCCUACUGACAGGCCGAUCUUACCCCGGGAUGAGACCUAUGAGUACAUCAUCUUCAGAGGGAGUGAUAUUAAGGACCUGACUGUUUGUGAACCUCCCAAGCCAUCUUUGCCUCAGGACCCUGCAAUUGUACAGUCGUCUUUGGGAUCUGCUGCUCCACCCUCGGCUUUCCAGAGUGGAAACUCGUAUGGUCUGUUUAAACAAGCUCCAGUGUCCCCAUACAGCCAGUUCACUGCCACUUCAUUGGUCUCUCCAUCGUUUGGGACUGUUGGAGUCAAGGGUCGCAGCAGUCCUGCCCUCGAUCCCUUGCAGAAGAGUCCACCUGUGGAGCCAUCGGCACCAUUGGCAUCGUCAAUCAGCAGUACUGCACCUGUGCCUGUGAGCCGCAGGAGCCCCAUCACAGCACGACUCGGCACAGCCGGUGCCCCAGACGCCCCUGAACAAAGGCGGGGUGAGGGACGGUCUAGACUACGCCCAGGACUAGGGCAUGCAGCACCGGAUGCUAAUGUUCGCUCAGGUUUUUCGUCAGCAGGCAUUGAUGCACCUAAAGUGACUGAACGACCAGAGUCCGAUCAAUCCAGAGGUGAAAGUAAGGAAGCCCCUAAGCGGCAUGCAGCUGCCGGACCUGUUGGGCAACCUGGUCAGCGUCGCGGUCGUGGUGGAGGGCAUCGUGGCAGAGGCCGUUACCCUGUGAGAAGAGACGGACCUAUGAAAUUUGAGAAAGAUUUUGAUUUUGAGAGUGCCAAUGCCCAAUUUAACAAAGAGGAGAUUGACAAGGAGUUCCAGAGCAAACUCAAGCUUAAAGAUGAGAAACCAGAGAAGGCUUUGAAUGGGGAGGAUAAAGGUGACUCAGGGGUAGAGACUCAAAACAGUGAGGGUAAUCCUGACGAGGAAGAUCCACUGGGACCCAAAUGCUACUACGACAAGUCCAAGUCUUUCUUUGACAACAUCUCAUGUGAUGACCUUAGAGAAAGGAGACAGACGUGGGCAGAGGAGAGGCGAAUGAACGCUGAGACGUUCGGGAUCCCGUUCCGCCAGAACAGAAACCGAGGUGGAUAUCGGGGCCGUGGGGCUAUGGGCUUCCGAGGAGGACGUGGUCGCGGAGCCAGCCGGGGGUCAUUUGGAACACAACAUUCAGGGGGCAGUGGAUACAGAGGGAGUUACAGAGGAAGCCAAGGGGGACGGGAGUUUGCCAAUUUUGAAUACAGGAAGGACAACAAAGUUGCUGCGUAGUGCAAGUGGAACCUGGAGCCACAGGACGGUGUAACUAAUGGGUAUCUGUGUUUCAUCACUACUUUUGACAAGAGGAAUGAAGUAAAAAUUUACGAGAUGUUUACUUGUCACCAGCACUGGCAUAGACCACUACGAGUGGAUACAAAUGCAAUUUCUUUUCCAUAUCUUCUACAAGUGGAAAUCUUUCAGCCUUUUAAAAUGUUGACCUGACAAGAAUAUUUCCUGAUGGGGUAAUUUGUUAUGAGCAUAUUUUAGAGCAACUAAUUUUUUUUCCUUCAAUACUAAACUUGUAUUUAAUAACCAGUUAGCUGUAAACAAGCAGUGUAUGUGUGUGUGUAUGUAUAUGUGUAAUAUAUAUAUAUAUAUAUAUAUAUAUAUAUAUAUAUAUAUAUAUAUAUAUAUAUAUAUAUAUAUAUAUAUAUAUACACACACACACCUUUGAACACUGAAAUAGCUAUUAUUUUGAAUAUCUUUUUUCCGUUCCAACUUUUUACUGUAUUUUUCUACUUACAUGCUUGAAGUUUGUUGGUAGAAAUAGUAAUUAUUUUUGUUUGAUUUAUCUAGCAUGUGGUUGGAUUUUCUUAGACUUUCCAGACAACUCUGGUACAUGAAAUGGCUGUAUUUAAUUUCCCUGCUUAAGGAAACAUCUAAUUAGUCUGACCAGUAAGCCUGGAUCCUGACAAGUGAGAAAAAGAUCUUUUAAAAAAACAAAUCAUGCUAAAAUCUUAAAACUUCAUAUGGCACCAAACAGUAGGAACUCCGUCAGCCGUAGAUGCCGCACCUGCCUUGUAGCUGUACUACAUAAGGAGUUAUGGCAUAUGGCUUCGUACAUUUGUUAACAUUUACAGACACAGGAGGCUAAAGGAUAUCAAGUGUGAUCAUGGAGAAUAGCACUGGCUCUGUCACAUGGAGAAGUCCCGAUAUUCUGCACUUGAAUUAGUUGUGGUAUGUCACUGAUGACGUAAUUGUUUAUUGAAUGGAACGUUGUAUAUGAUCAAAUGCGUCCUGUGCAUUAGCAUGUAUAACCACGUUUUUAACGUUUGAUGUCAACGCUGACACCAGUGUAUGUGGGUUUUGAACAGUGCGGUAUGGUAGAGUUCAGCUGUACGGCAAGUGAAUAUAAUAUGGCCACCGUGUGUGUUAUGUAGCACUUAUUCCUUACAUUAAUCUGCCGAGUAAUAGUGUUCCUGCACUAUUUACCAGUGUAGCGAGUAGGUAAACGUACAGGUGAGGCCGUAGAUCAUUAAUGAUUUGUGCUAUCCUCGAGUGCAGAAGGCUGUUUACUUCAGUUAGUUCCUCUUGCGUUGUCUACCCCACUGUAUGGAUUGAUGUUUAUAACGUUAGAUAUAGAGCCAAUUAAUAUUCCUUGAUCUGGUUUCAAAAGCAUGUUCAUUGGAUGAAAAGUGAUUUGUAUGUGUUCAGAGUGUAUAUGCACAAUGUAAGCUCCUAUCUAUACUGGUGCAUAUGAGCCCUAUUCAUCACUUCAUUUCUGGUUCUGUUUUGUGUUUUUACUGCAUAUGUGAACUUCUCAAAGACUCGCUAGUAGUCAGUGCAAGUCUUCAAAUCUUUACAUUUGUUUGAAGUCUCUGAUCUAACUGGUAGAAUGUUUAAAAAUGUAAGCAGAAUGCAGAUGCUUAUGAUAGAAAUAGCUAUUUUGACUGAUUUGUUAAUAUCUCACAAGUAUCUAUAUCAAAUCUAGCAAUUUUGCCUCAUUAAAUUAAGCCUUUUGAAUUAUUGAGCUUUUUCUACCUCACAUUGAUUAUGAUAAGAUGAAAAAGAAACCUUUUAUGUAUGAUCUUUACACUACACUCACCAUGAAAACCUAUACACGGAUAAAUUAUUUCACCGCUGUUGUUACAAGAAACUCGUACUCAGUAAAAGUUGGACUGACUAAAGAAUUUAAGUUGUCGAUUUCUCAGAUGCAUUUGAGAAGCUUCUUGCAUUGAUACAAUCCCAAAGUUUAUUUAAAAGUAGCUUGUAAAUAAGUUCUAGACAGCAAACCAAUAACACUCAAUAAAUACCAGCAUUAGAUCUUUUCAUUUCUCUCAAGUCUUUUUGUUCUUCUUCUUCUUCUUCUUUGAAAGCCCCAAUUACAUGUUUAACAAGAUAUUUUAUUCAGCAAUUCAGGUUUUAGUUGGUUUUUGGAAACAUUUGAUUUGUGGCUCCAUCCUAAAAUGAUCAGUUUUUCCUCCUUCAGUCAGUGCUUAUUUAAUCUCUUAUUAGAUAAAAGUGUGAUGGAACAAAAUCUCUGUGUUGCUUAUUGUUGGACCUUUUUAUUUAAUCACUAAAUGAUUUGCAGGAUAUGUGUAAAAAUACCAAAUAAUAUUGCAAUAGUGUUAGAUUUUUGUUUUUGUCAGUCUUUAGCUAGAAGUGUUACACUGCUAGAUUGUAAAGUUUUGUCAUUAUUUUCAAUUAGACUUUCUAUUAACUGAAAAGUUUGUCCGGUGUAUAUUUUGUCAAAACUGUUAGCAUUAGCAAUAAAGUUUUGUUGAUUGUUUAAAUGUAUUUCACUACCUGGGAGCUUACUAAUUAUUUUGGGUGCUAUAUAUCACCAUGGCAUUGUAAAGGACAAGUAGCUACUCUUAAAGUAAACUGCUUUGCAUUGAGCAAACUAAAUUUGCACUUUUGCACUUAAUCUCUUUUAUCCCAUUCUCAAUUUCCAGUGGUUUGUUUCUCUCUGCAGUGAAAAUUUAUAAAGGAAUACUCAGAAUAUUGUUUAAGAUUUUUCCUUAAGUCUUAAGACGAUUAAGACUAUAACUGUAUAGAUGGCAUCUUUAUGAAACGUUCCAUGCUACAUCGAGAUCUAAUAUCUGGAUAUCCAUUAAGAGCAUAGAAGAACUUUAUGAUCAUAUUUAAGAGGAUUUUUAUUUCUGAUUCUUUUUCCCUUUUCAUCUAUUUCGUUCCAGGUUGUGUUCUGUGCUAUACCUGUUAGUUUUCAGGGCAAUAUGUGAAAUACAGGGUUUAUUUAGACUUAAAAUAUUGUUCUGUCAUUUGUCAACACCAUUUUUUUCUGAUUUAAUCAUUCAUGAUCACUCUUAGAUGUGUUUUAUUCACCUUGAGCAGUCACUGCAUGCUGGUGUUGCCACAAAACCCAUGACAAAAUGUACGGCAAUGCUUGUGAGGCAGAUACUGUUACAGAAAUAUUGUACGAGUGUGAGACUGAAUACCACUUCCUUCAGUAAGGUUUAACGUUACAUUAUUGUCUUUCAUGCAUGAGGGGUGUAGCUCAGUGUAAAGGGAUUUUUACUCUGAAACUACAAUAAACUGUUAAUCAUUA